GGAUGCAGCGCCCCGGGCCCUUCAGCACCCUCUACGGGCGGGUCCUGGCCCCGCUGCCCGGGCGGGCCGGGGGCGCGGCCUCUGGCGGAGGCGGGAACAGCUGGAGCGUUCCGGGUUCCCACGUGCAGUUGUCGGGACGCUCGCAAUUCGGCGCUGGCAGCACCAGUACCGGCGGCAGGGAGACUAACACCGUCUGUCCGGGCCCGUCCGCGAUGUCAAAGGCCGAGGAGGCCAAGAAGCUGGCUGGCCGCGCGGCCGUGGAGAACCACGUGAAGAAUAACCAAGUGCUGGGAAUCGGGAGUGGUUCUACAAUUGUCCACGCUGUGCAGCGAAUAGCUGAAAGAGUGAAACAAGAGAAUCUGAACCUCGUCUGCAUUCCCACCUCCUUCCAGGCCCGUCAGCUCAUCCUGCAGUAUGGCUUAACUCUCAGUGACCUGGACCGACACCCAGAGAUCGAUCUUGCCAUCGAUGGUGCUGAUGAAGUCGACGCUGACCUCAACCUCAUCAAGGGUGGUGGAGGCUGCCUAACCCAGGAGAAGAUUGUGGCUGGCAAUGCUAGUCGAUUCAUUGUGAUUGCCGAUUUCAGGAAAGAUUCAAAGAACCUCGGGGAUCAGUGGCACAAGGGCAUCCCCAUUGAGGUCAUCCCUAUGGCCUAUGUCCCAGUGAGCCGAACUGUGACCCAGAAGUUUGGGGGCGUGAUUGAACUUCGGAUGGCCGUCAACAAGGCAGGUCCUGUGGUGACGGAUAAUGGGAACUUUAUCCUGGACUGGAAGUUUGACCGGGUCCACAAAUGGAGUGACGUGAACAUAGCCAUCAAAAUGAUCCCAGGUGUGGUGGACACGGGAUUGUUCAUCAACAUGGCGGAGAGAGUCUACUUCGGGAUGCAGGACGGCUCGGUGAACAUGAGGGAGAAGCCGUUCUGAACGGGCCCUGCAGGAGCGGAGUGUGUUCCUCUCGCGUCCCCAGCCCACCGCCAAGGUGGCCACGCCUCUCUGAGCCUUUGCCUUAAUGUAUCUGUGCCAGGUGGAUAGCUUGGCAGGGUGAGGGGUUGAGGGUUAAAUCCAGUCUUCUGAAGUAUUGUUAUUAAAUGUCUUUUUAAAAAGAGAGAUAUAAACAUAUAUAUAUUUUUACUAUUAAAAAUGCUCAGUUGUUUUUUUUUUAAUAAAGUGGAACUUGAUUUCAUGUUUUAUAUGAAACAUUUACCAAAAAAAAAAAAGGACUGUCUUUUAAACUUUUAACUUGAGACUGCUGGUUAAGCUUCUGAAUAUUGGGUUUGCUGAGAAAUAUAAGUCAAACGUUUCUUCAAACUGGUGAAAUGAAGGGCACAGCCAGCAGCGACCCCCUGAUGCCUUACUGGAAACAUAGGAGUUCGUUUACUUUUCUACCACAUGGUUUUGUUUUUUAGUUUUUGUUGCAAUUACGCACAAUAUGUAGUUCUGUAUUCUAAGAGGUGAACUAUAAAAAUAUAAGUCUGGCGGGUAUAGGGUGUGGUGUGUGAUGACUCAGAAUGUGUAAACUACCAGGGGAGGGUGUGGGAGUUCUUCAGCUGAGGUCAUGGGUUCAUUCAGACUCUUUGUGUUGAAGCCAUUGGACAGAAAUACUUGCCAGAACUGCCAAAGCACUGCUGUGAAGCACCUUUCAAUGACUGUCUUUUUGUUGUUAAUAGUUUUUUCGUUCCUUUAUUGUUAUUUUGCAUGGUUUGGCAUCAGAAGUUGUUACCUCUUUAUAUUGUUUGAAGGUUGAAAUAAAACAGUAU